GCCAACUCUCCGACCGUCGCGAUGGCCCGCCCUGCUCGGUUCAAGGACACGCUUCCGUCGUACUAUUCGCAGUCGAGUCGGCGCAAGUGUGGCCCUGCACCAUGUGCGGAAGCCCCCGCGUCGCCUCGAUUGUUUGCAGAUCCCGCAGCCACACCGCCCUCCUCCUUCGACAGCCCCGCAACGCCGCCAUCCGCACCGUCAACGCAGAGCACAGCCAUCGUGAUCACACAGCCAGCGAGAAAGGUACAGCCCCGUCCCCAAGUAGUGCCACGACCGACCCGGCCAUCGUUGUCGGACCAACUGGCUACGAUUCGCCUCGAGGCGCACUCGGUCGUUCAGUCGCUGACAAAACAAUGCGUUGCCACGGCGGCGUUCACCGUGCCAACGCUGAGCCUGGUUGUGGGCCGGCUCGAGUGCAAAUUUCCUUCCCCCGCGACGUUUUCAACGACCGAGUGCCGCUACCAGUUUGUACAUGGCGCGCGAGACAUUGCGAUGCACAUGUACUACCGGGACAUGACCGGCGUCGUGUUUUGCAAGCGCGCGCUCACACUUCGCUUCAAGAUUGCCCACCCCCUGGCACAGUUUGGACCGGACUACGAUCCCCACAAUCGAAACCAUGCCAUCGUCAUCGGCCUUGCGUCCGUGGCCGACUGGUCCAGAGCAAAGCAAGUUGUGCUGGCCAACGCCAUGCCGAGAUAAACCCACUUCAAGAGCUCGCUCGCUCCAAGCUUUGCACGCACCACACACGAUGCGCGGCUGGUAGCAACCACUGUAGUCGCCCCUCCGAGAGGGGAG